AGCCAUUUUAACAUUUAAAAGUUAAGUUUGACUUUCCGGAAUUAACAUUGUAGAUAUCAACAACGUCUUUCUGACUAGUCGUAAUUACAUUUUGGAUAGUUGGAAUUGUCAUUCAAGAUAUCUGUAACGUAAUUGUGACUAGUCAAAACGAUAGAUAAAGAUAUCUGUAAUGCAGUUUUGACUAGGCGAAACUGAAUUACAGAUAUCUGCAAUGACGUAAUUCAAAACGGCAUUCAACUCGUCACACGUCUAAAUGACAAUUGCAGAUAUCUGUAAUUCAGUUUUGCCUAGGUAGAAUGAAAGUUAAAGAUAUCUUAAACGUCAUUAUGACUAGUGCAAAUUAUUGUGCAUGACGCUGCUCUAUUUUAGAUAUCCAUAAAUACGUAAUUUCCCAUCCCCGCCAUAAUCAAAGAAGAAGUGGGUUCACACUUCAUUUCCUAUGAAUAGAAGAAGAAAGAAGCAGAUCAUGGCUUUGGCUGUACUCGAAAAAACCACCAGAAAAUGGCAUGAAAUUCAACGAUCCCUCACACAGGGGAUAUGUGGAGAGAGAGAACGUCGUUCUAUUGAAAACUGUGAAAGAAAUCUCGGAAGAAUUGAGCAUUUGCUAUCACCAGACACAAACAAUGAACUCAAAAGCAGUUUGGCUCAACUGAAAACUCUAAUAGACGCAAAUUUCCAUGCUGGUGAAGACAGACGUUUUUCUCUCGGGCGCAUUAGUUCAGGGAGAAGAGGCCGACCAGCCAUUGAUGUUACCAGAGAACACAUUGAGUUUCUUCUGAAGCAAGGCCAUACAAUUUCAAAAACUGCCAAAAUACUUGGAUGCUCUUCAUCAUUUCUGUACAAAAAGUCAAAGUUGUUGGGUAUAUCUGUUAGAAGUAUGCUGUCUGCAAUAGAUGAUGGUGAACUAGAACAACAUGUGAGGCAACUUCAAAGCCAAUUUCCUAAUUCUGGAAAUGAGAUGAUAAGAGCCCUGUUGCGCUCACAGGGUGUGCUUGUUACACGGUCCAGGGUGCGUGAGAUGUUGACACGAGUCAAUCCUGCUGCGGCUGCAAGGAGAUGGAGCCAGACAGUUGCAAGACGUGUUUAUCAUGUACCUUACCCCAAUAGUUUGUGGCACAUUGAUGGAAACAUGCGUCUCAUAAGAUGGGGCUUUGUGAUUCAUGGUGCAAUUAAUGGAUACUCCCGUCUGAUUACUUACCUCAACUGCAGUACAGACAAUCGUGCCACAACAGUACUUUCUCAGUUUUUGAAAGCAACAUGCCUCUAUGCCCUACCAUCAAGAGUCCGAUCUGACCAUGGUGGUGAAAACAUCCUUGUGGCUUUAUUCAUGCAUCUAGUUCAAGGACUUGAACACAGAGGUUUCAUAACCGGACAAUCAGUUCACAAUCAGAGAAUUGAACGCCUUUGGCGUGAUGUAUUUUUGCAUGUGUUGCAGCACUUUUACCUUAUGUUCUACUCCUUAGAGGAUUCAGAAAUUUUAAACCCAGAUGAUGAUGUCCACAGACUUUCACUGCAUAUUGUUUAUCUUCCUGAAAUUCAAAAAAGACUGGAGCAGUUUAGACAGGCCUGGAACCUCCAUCCGUUACGAACAGAAAACAAUCGCACACCAACUCAACUCUGGACAGAGGGGAUGCUCAAAAACAUUGCAACAGACAGCACAGCUGUCAACAAUGUGUUUGGGGAAAAUCCCUACAGUGACCAAAACAUUGAUGCCAUCCUAGCACAGUAUGGAAUUCAAACACUGCCUACACUUGAUGAGGAAGAGUUCCCAGCUGUUAAUGUAGAGCCACCUCAACUCAUCCUCACUCAGCAACAACAGACAUCUGUACACAAUGCAAUCCAACACCUUUCUGAUCUAAGGAUAAAAUAUCAGGCUUGCUGUGCUGCAAUUAACAGUAUUUUGCAAACUCGGGUAUAGUCUAAUUCCAAGCCCAGAGACAAAAGUUUAUUGACUGCAUGUAUCAUUCAGGACUAAAAGACAUUUUUAGCUUCAACAGCUUUGUUAUAUUUUCUGUUAAAAUAAGGCGUUAUGGGCGGUGCAGCUGAUGAAGCUACAGUAAUGCCAGGUGUGCUAGAUUUGGCAGUAGCUACUGUUGGUGCUGUGUUAUGUUUUACUGUCUUUUUUGUUGUAAUACUGUUAAUACUAUUUGUAUUGUUCCUUUAUACUUUCACGGUGUAACAAUUUGUAGAAAAAUCAGAAAAGCAUCUACUUAGUAUAAAUAAGAUUUAAAUGUUGAAUUAAACUCAAUGUAUGAAAAUUGUGAAAUAUAUUAAGGUUUAAAGGGACUGAAUCAAUAUGCAAGAUUUGAAAAUGCAUGAAAAAGACAUCCAAUUCAAUAUGAAUCCUUGGAAAAGUGGUGAAGGAUCAAACUAUUUUGAAUGGGAUUGAAAAGAUGAAUAAACUGGUAAUGUAUGAAAAAACAGACUGUUUAAUGGCUUGAAUCAGAAUUUUAGAUUUACAGUUUAGGAGAGAGGUUUAACUGUCAAAAACACCUUAACAUCAAUCCACUUAUCGGAACAGAAAUUGAGGACAGCUUACUAUGUUAAGCAAACCAGACAGACUUUUUGUUUGCCUUCCCUGUAUUCAUCAACAUGUACAUAAACCAAACAUAUUGGCUGUUAUGUGUGAUUUCAUUAAACUCAUUGA